AUGGCCUUGCAGACAAAGCGACAUCUCUUCAAUUUAUCAAACUUUUUUGUAGAUAUUUCUGAUCGCUGUUCACUCUGAUUGUUAUGUCGAAAAUUAAUUCCUGUUGUGAUAAAUAUUUGUUUGUGUUAAAUGGUACAUCGUGCAAAACACAUAUGAGUGGCAGAAGAAUAUGUCAAGUUUGAAAAUUGCAUUGGAGCUGAGCAAAUUGUUGUAGCAUAGAAGCAUGUAUGUCAGCUAGCACUAGUUAGUUGUGCUUGUUGUCAUGUUGGAGACCAGAUCUAUAAGGGGAAUGCCUGAACACUCUUGGAAUAACUACGGAGCAAGAAUAUCUCCUCACCAAAUGGCUACACCAGUUAGACAUGGCAAAAGUAGCCAAGACGACAUUUGUUACGUGGUGGCGAAAUAUGACUACGAACACCAAGGACCUCAAGAAUUAGAUCUCAAAAAGAACGAACGUUACGUUCUCUUGGACGAUUCUAAGCAUUGGUGGAAAGUACAAAAUUCGAGGGGGCAAGCAGGCUAUGUACCGAGCAACUACGUGAAGAAGGAAAAGCCAUCGUUAUUUGACAGUAUAAAGAAAAAGGUGAAAAAGGGAUCCGGCUCAAAAACACUUCCAUCAAACAAUUCACCUUCACGUACGGUAGAAUCCCCGAAUAUGGCGCGGCGUCUACCAGCUGAUCCUUCUGAGGCGAUCGGCGUAGCUAUUGUCAAAUAUAACUAUCAGGCUCAACAACCUGACGAGUUGUCACUUGUCAAAGGUUCUAGAAUUCUUAUUUUAGAAAAGAGCAAUGAUGGGUGGUGGAGAGGUCAAAGUAGCAACAUAUCGGGAUGGUUCCCAUCGAACUAUACCCAAGAAGAAGGCGAUAUCGACGAUACUGUCCAUACAUAUGCGAUGGCAGAAAACGUCCUGGAUAUAGUUGUGGCUCUCUAUUCGUUUUCUUCGUCAAACGAACAAGAAUUGUCCUUUGAAAAAGGAGAUCGAUUGGAAAUUUUAGAUAGGCCUGCAAGUGAUCCAGAAUGGUACAAAGCUAGAAAUUCUCAAGGUCAAGUUGGUCUUGUUCCUAGAAAUUACCUUCAAGAACUGAAUGAUUAUUUGGACCGUCCCUUACAAGAGAGAAACAGACCCAGCACCAUGGAAACCUCGAUGGAAAGAUCCACCGUUUCCAUGGUAGAAAAACCGCACCUUAUUGAUAAACCAUGGUAUUAUGGUAAUAUCACGAGGUAUGUGUGUGAUAAUUUACUAAAUCAACACGGCCAUGACGGCGACUUUCUUAUUAGGGAUAGCGAAACAAAUAUGGGCGACUAUUCCGUAUCCCUGAAAGCGCCAGGUAGAAACAAACAUUUUCGCGUUCACGUAGAGGGCGCCUUGUAUUGCAUAGGACAACGAAAAUUCCACACUUUGGACCAGCUGGUAGACCAUUACCAGAGGGCACCUAUCUACACCAACAAACAAGGCGAGAAACUCUAUCUAGUACGUCCUCUUCCAAAAACAAAAUAACCGACAGUAAGUCCGUUCUCGUGAACUCCAAAAUAGAAUUAAAAAUAUGUGCUAUCCGUGUGAGUGUUGAUUUUAUUUUUUCAGUUUAGUCAUUUGAUUUUUUGGAGAUAGACUGGUCAUUAAAAGUGUUCGUACUUUUUUUAUUGCAUGUUUUAAUUUACAAUCUGCUUCGUCGAAGCUAUAAGUAAAUAGUUUGAGUGUUAAAUACAUGAGGGAGAAGCUGUCCUGUGGCACCCCUCCUAUUAAAUCUAGAAACAUGCUUUAUUGUUAUGUAAAAUUGUACAAUUUUAUCGACAAAGCUUAUAAAAAGUCAUGAUAACAAAACAAUUUUCUAAAAUUACAUAAAUCGUCAAUGUAAUUAAAAUAAUAAUAAUAAUGAAGUAAAACAGAAACAAUCAACUCCAAAAUUUAAAUAAAUUGCAAAUUACAUAGUCUACCUUAGUAACUAAUAAGUUUAAAAGUUAAGCUGUUGCAUAUGACACCCAAAUAUAGAUAAGAAAAAUACUACUUGUACUAGUGUAAUUUCUUAGUUAUUGAUUAAAAAAUUCUUCUACUGAAUAAUAUGGUCUUUCAGAUUGGUAAGCUUUUGCCAUUUUACAGAAUUUGGGGAAAGCUGCUGCAGAUUAAAGUUAUAGAGGGAGAUGGUUGUACAGUUUUUUUGUGGAAUAUAAUGUACAUUCCUUUACUAACUCAGAGGACGGGAUCGGUAAAUACAGUGGCGUACUGAGCAUGGUUCCGCGGAACCAGGGCCCGGGCCUCGCAGGGGCCCGCUCUAAAGCGCUUUUUGCUUUUUUUGUUUCUAAUUUGAUGGGGACGUUUUGAACUACACAAGUACACACUACGAAAUGUAACUGCUUAAUAAAUUUUAAUUUUUGUGUACGUACUUAUUAAUAAAAACGAAGAAUAACUAUUCAUCAAAAAAUUUGAAAUCAAAAUUUAUUAAGAAACACAGGGAACGCUUUUGUAGGUUCCUUGCUCGUUUUACCUGCUUGCUGAAGUCCUUGUUUAAAGACUAACCGCCGGUGCCUGCCUACACGUGCUAACUCAAACACUUGUAUUUUUUUAUAUUAGCACGAUCCAUGAAUAAGUUAUAGGUAAAUUACAAAGUUGCAGAAAUUCGGAAACUGAGAUAUUCAAUGUAAGUUUUAUACGGUGGGUCAUAAAAACAAUCCCAAUACAAUAGGCUAGAUGCUCGAUACUCGUGUUAUACAAUGUGAGUAUUUAUUGAGCGGGUGGGCCCGCAUCCCAACUGUAACAAGGGCCUGCUGAUCUAUCGGUAGGCCACUGGGUAAAUAGACGUCAAAGGUAGAAUUUCUGGUGGAAUAGUCAUGAGUAGGUCUAGCUGGAAAGACAUGUAGAUGUUUACGAAUUAAGCAAACAAUUUCUAAAAUGUAUAAAGAAGGAAGUGUUAAAAUACUGUGAUCUUUGAAGUAGCUUGUGCAAUGUGGUAUUCUUCUGAGGCCAAACAGAUAUCUUUUUUUUUUUGUAAUUUGAAAGUAACAUCGGAUUGGGCAGCUGUACCAGAACCCCAAAAAGGAAGACCAUAUCGAAGAUGCGACCCGAACAAAUAAGUUAUUUUGGAAGAUGCUAAAUUGAGUUCCUUCGAAACAGAUCUUAUAGCGUAGCCAGGUGAAGACAGUUUCUUCCUUAACAAAUCGAUAUGAAGGGACCAUUGAAGGUUGCUGUCUAAAAAAAAAUACCAAGAAAUUUUACAGAAUCAACGGUACUGAUCUGGCUGUUAUUAAGAGGUAAGGGUUGAAGAGCUCCUUUAUAAGAUAAUGCUAUUGUUUUAUCUACGUUAAAUGAGAGUAAAUUAAAGUCAGACCAGGUUUUUAUUGUAAGUAGAUCAGAAGUUAUAGUAGCAUGAAGAGUUGCAAUAUUUGAGUUCCUUCAAGUGAUACUGGUAUCAUCACCAAAAAGAAAGAUUUUUCCAUCGGUUUUUAAACUAGUGAUGUCAUUAAUGUUGGCCAUAAUUUCUUCAAUCGUUUUGAAAUUCCGGGAGGAACAUUUAGCAGUCUUGCUUCAUUAUUUGGAUGACUUCUUAGUCCAUCAAGGUAGUUCUUUGUGAUUCUUCAAAUGUCUUCCUCUGUCAAAGGUGUAGCUGAAUCCUCGUGUAGGAUUUUAUUGCUUACAUAAUACCAGGGCGCGUUGAAUAUCAUUCUCAAUAUUUUUGUUGUACUCUUUGUAUUAUCUAGAUAUUUGAUGGCUUUGAGCAACCCCAGAGUUGGACAUCCUAGGUCCAAAUUGGUUUUAUCAUAGAUUUAUACAGGAGCAAUUUAUUUUCAAUAGUGAGUUUUGAUUUUCGACCCAUAAGCCAGCAUAUUUGUCGUAUUUUGAUGUUGAUCUGGGUUUUUUUGGCUUGAAUGUGCGGCUUCCAUGUUAAUCUUUUGUCAAGGGUUAGUCCCAAGUAUUUAACUUGUGUGCUAAAUGAACUUUUUUAAAUAUGUUUAAAAAAAUAUUGCGACGUGAGGUACUAAAUAUUAAAACGAAACUGAAGGCUAAGAAAUUAAUAAAGAAAUUGGAAUAAAAUAAUUAUUUAAAUAAAAAUUAAUAAAGAUAUGACGUUUGUACCCGUUACAAUAAUAAGACAUUGUUGAAUAUAUUAGUUUUAUAUAUUCUCUCCUUAUAUAUUUCCGUCGUUAGAAUUACCCAGUGAAUACUAUCCAAAGAAUUUAGAUCUUUCUGAUGGUCUGUCAAUACUGGUUAAUAGUAAAGCAAAUUGUUACACACUUUUGCCUCUAUUAUGUUUAUAGUAGAAACAUCUUUUAAUGACCAGUUUAUUUGAUAGUGACUAAUUGAUAACAAACCUAUGUAUAUCUGGUCAUAUUGAUUAUAUAUUUUGUUUGUUUUUUUGUAUAUAUGAUUUUUUAAGUUAUUGAAUUUUUAGUGUUAGUUUUUUAAGGCACAACUAGUAUUCUUUUUAUAAAUCAAGGUGGCUAUCCUAUAGAAUAUAUACUAAUAUUGAUAAUUUAAUUUUAGUACAAAAUUAUACCAAAUAUUUAAAAAUUUAUCGAGGGUGAGUGAAGUUACUAUUCUAACGUUUUAUAUAGCCUUUUUACUACAAAAACAUGCUUACGUCAUUCAACAUUUCUGACGUCAGAGUCAGAGCAUUGCCAAAUCAUUAGAAUAUGACUUUUCAUCAUGUCCAUGUUUCUUGUCAAGUGAGAAGCUAGGCAUCAUUUCUUGUCAGCAACUUUUAAACAAAAACAAAGAAAAAUGUCUUUGACAAGUAAUCUCACAGUACAAGAAACAUGGACAUGAUGAAAAUUCAUAUUCUAAUGUUUUGGCAUUGCUGUGACGUCAGAAAUCUUGAAUGAAGUAAGCGUGUUUUUGUAGUAAAAAGACUAUAGUUGCUGGAUGGCAAUAUUUUAGAUAUUUCUUUGAUCUUUAGUCUUAAAUGCCGUGGUACCUAUAAUAAACCGUCUUUAACAUUUGAUCCAAGAUUCUAAUUUCAGUGGACGAAAUGCUGAAUUAUUUUUGUACAUAAGAGUUUUUUGUCAAUUGACUAGUCAGACAGAAGCAUACAAUGUUAUAGAAUAUCCACCUUGUACUAUGUAUACGAAGCAGUAUGUAUCGAGAAUAGAUCUCACCACUUGUAAUUAAAUAUUUUCAUAUGAGAAAUAUGAAAAAAUUGAAAGUUUUUCGUCUUUCAUGUGGUCUCGAAUGUGGUAUUAAGUAAUUGAAAAUGGUAGCUUGUUAGUUUGUAACUGUAUGGCCACUAUUGCUCAGACAAGACUGGUUUUGAUGUAAUAGGAUAGAGUUUUUCGACACAAAUUUAAAAAAAAUGUUAAUAAUGGCCAAAAAGGUGAUUGAGAACAAUUUUUGAUACAGAUUGCUUCUGGUAAAGAAGAUAUACCAAGUGAUUUAUUGAAUACAGCUUUAUAACAGUCAAAUACUCAAUAUAGAAAAUAGUAUUGCCUGAUA